GUGUGUGUGUGUGUGUGUGGACGGACGGCGUGGGCUCCUCUCCUCCGAAACCGCACAGCAUCAUCACCACCGCCACCACUCGGUUCGCAGCAACAGCCUCGUACGCAUCAUCAUCCUCAUCCUCCUCCUCAUCCUCCCCAUCACCAUCUCCGGACUGAAGAGGCAUCGCGCGUCGCACGGAUUGAGACAUAAAAAGAGCCCGUUGUCACAGUUAAGUGAACUGAACGACGACUCUUCGAAUCUGUGAGGUGCAUCCUGAACAAACUAAAGUGCCAGAACAUCCAGGUGGCCUCAUUGCACAGCAUUUGACCACUUUUGCGUCUUCUCAGCCUCUUUGAAAUGGAGGAGGGCUACCAAAACCGGACUGCCUUCAUAAAAGGUGCCAAAGACAUUGCCAAAGAGGUCAAGAGGCAAGCCAGUAAGAAGGUUGGGCGUUCGGUGGACCGGGUGACCGAUGAGUACAGCAAGCGCUCCUACAGUCGUUUUGAAGAGGACGACGACGACGAGUACCCGGUGCAGGGGAGCCAGGAUGGAGGCUACUACCGCGGAGACAGCCAAGCAGCGAAUGAUGACGAGGGCGGCCACAGCGACUCCACAGAGGGUCACGAUGAGGAUGAUGAGAUCUACGAGGGCGAGUACCAGGGAAUCCCCAGGGCUGACUCAGGCAAAGGCAGCCUGGCUGGAGGGCCGGGCUCCGUGGGGGCCGGCGCUCAGCAGUUCAGGGAUAUCGGGGCAUCCGAGGCAGAGAGGAGGAAGGACCAGGAGGAGCUGGCUCAACAGUACGAGACCAUUUUACAAGAAUGUGGCCACGGGAAGUUCCAGUGGACCCUGUACUUUGUGCUGGGGCUGGCUCUCAUGGCAGAUGGCGUGGAGAUCUUUGUGGUCGGCUUCGUCCUCCCCAGCGCCGAGAAGGAUAUGUGCCUGUCUGAACCUAACAAAAGCAUGCUAGGUCUGAUUGUAUACUUUGGGAUGAUGGUUGGGGCUUUCCUCUGGGGCGCUCUGGCUGACCGGAUAGGCCGUCGGCAGUCUCUUCUCAUCUCUCUCUCCAUCAACAGUAUUUUCUCCUUCUUCUCCUCCUUCGUCCAGGGCUACAGCACCUUUCUGUUCUGCCGGCUCCUCUCGGGUGUUGGGAUCGGUGGAUCAAUUCCCAUUGUGUUUUCCUUCUACUCUGAAUUUCUGGCCCAAGAAAAGCGCGGCGAGCACCUCAGCUGGCUCUGCAUGUUCUGGAUGAUCGGGGGAAUCUACGCAUCUGCUAUGGCCUGGGCCAUUAUCCCACAUUACGGAUGGAGUUUCCAGAUGGGCUCGGCGUAUCAGUUCCACAGCUGGCGUGUGUUUGUGUUGGUGUGUGCAUUUCCCUCUGUCGCAGCCAUCGCUGCCCUCAGCGCCAUGCCAGAGAGCCCACGCUUCUACUUGGAGAACGGCAAACAUGACGAAGGCUGGAUGAUUCUGAAGCAAGUUCACGACACAAACAUGCGAGCAAAAGGACACCCGGAGAAGGUGUUUUCUGUCACCACAAUCAAGACGGUGAAACAGAUUGAUGAGUUGGUCGACACCGGCACCGACACUCCAGUUUGGAAACGCUACAGACUGAAGAUUAGGAGCCUCUCCCAACAGAUACGGAAUAACAUUCUCGCCUGCUUCAGCCCUGAAUAUAAACGGACAACUUUCAUGCUCAUGGCUGUUUGGUUUACCAUGUCUUUCAGCUAUUACGGCCUGACAGUGUGGUUCCCAGACAUGAUCAAGUACAUCCAGAAGCAGGAGUAUGACGCUAAGACAAAAACCUUCACUAAGGAACGAAUGGAGCAUGUCACCUUUAACUUCACCCUGGAAAAUCAAGUGCAUCGCCAAGGAUACUUCUUCAACGACAAGUUCCUCAACAUGAAGAUGAAAUCCAUGGUGUUUGAAGACUCUGUGUUUGAGGAGUGUUACUUUGAGGACAUCACCUCCACACACAGCGUCUUCAGAAACUGCACCUUUAUUGCAAGUUUGUUCUAUAACACAGAUUUGUUCAAAUACAGGUUUGUCGACUGCAAACUGGUCAACAGCACAUUUCUCCACAACAAGGAGGGCUGCAUGCUCGACUUCAGCGAUGACUUUAACAAUGCCUACAUGAUAUACUUUGUCAACUUCCUCGGCACAUUGGCAGUGUUGCCUGGCAACAUCGUGUCGGCUCUAUUAAUGGACAAAAUUGGCCGUUUACGGAUGUUGGCGGGAUCCAGUGUCAUAUCUUGUGUCAGCUGUUUCUUCCUGAUGUUCGGCAACAGCGAGUCGGGGAUGAUCGCACUCCUGUGUCUGUUUGGAGGCAUCAGCAUCGCCUCGUGGAACGCCCUGGACGUGAUAACAGUGGAGCUCUACCCGUCUGAUAAAAGGACCACAGCGUUCGGCUUCCUGAACGCUCUCUGUAAGCUGGCGGCCGUCCUGGGCAUCAGCAUCUUCCAGUCAUUUGUGGGUAUCACCAAGGCCCUGCCCAUCCUGUUUGCUGCUGGCGCCCUCGCUGCAGGUAGUUUCCUUGCAACCAAGUUGCCUGAAACUCGAGGCCAAGUGUUGCAGUAGAGCCGAUGACCACCAGGCGGCAGCAGAGUACAGCUGGAGUGUGUUGUGACAACUAGAGCCCAAACAUCCCUGAGAGCUUCAGCGCUGCCCAUCACACACACACCAACAGAACAGGCUGCCAUCCCCAUUGUAAGCCCAGAAUCCUUUGAAAUAUGGAUUUGCAUCUUUCAAAGUCCAAAAACAGACCCACAGAGAUUAACAGAAGAGCACACAGACGUAGAAACAAACACCUGUGUCAUUGAUAACGCGACUCCAUCUGAAAACACUUUAUUUCAGCUGUGCUUUCAGGUAGUAUGAAAAACAAAUCUGAUCAUUUGCAGAAGUGUAAUACUUACAGGCUGAUGUGGUCGAAGUGGAAAUGUGCUGUUAAAUUAAAAUACCCAUAGAUCUAAAGUGAAAAGACAGCGUGGUCAAAUGAAACAGAAUUUCAGGGGGAAUGUGUGAAAAGAUUUCAUCCAUGUACGUGUUUUUCUCUCCCCUCUGUCCUCAGUGAUUGGCUUUAAGUGACGCUUUUUAAUGUGUUGCGACAUCACCGGUAAAGGUCACCUAACAUUACCAUUCAGGUGCUCAUAGACGUGUUUAGUGAACAGUCUCUCUCUGAAAAAGACCUGAAAAUGCAUUUCAGGGUUGAUGACAUUUCUCUAAGAGCGCCCGUGACCCUUCACCUCCCGCUGAGGACUGUCCAUUUCUACCAAAUAACACAAGAAGAUUCAGUUUCAUUCUUCUCGCAUAAAUCCAGCCUUUUCCUCGUCUCAUAGCCUCGACACACAGGUGAAGUUACAUUUCACAGGAUUCUCAGUUGUAAAUGGGAAUAGUUUGCUCCGGUUCCCCUGUGUUCAGUGUUAAACUUUUGUUUUUUUCCCUCCCUGUUGUCAAAGCCGUGCAGCUGUGUCAGUUUGAUGAUGUUCAUGUCUGCAGCAAAAGGAUCGACUGUGGGGCGGCUGUUGGUCAAGUGCCAAGUGUGAGAGCAGAUGCAAAAGUGUAAUAUUUGCUCAACUAUUAGUGUGAGUGUGUGUUGCGUGUGAGUGUAUGCGAUUGCAUGUGUACGUGUGUGAUUUAUUCCUUCAGACGCCAACAUUUCAUGAAAACCAUUCGGAUUUUGUCAGCAGAAUGUACAGUUCAGCGGUUUCACAUUUUUAGGCUAAUUUAAAGAAAAAAAGACAUCAAAUGUAACUCAUGCAGCAGCUGAAGUGUGGUGAAAUGCUUGAUUACGUUUACAGCUGAUAUUAUAUUUAAGCACCACUGCACCAAAUUACUUUAGAUGUGGGAUAGGAUCAUUUUCUAUCCCCCAAUGCAUAGCUGCAUUAUUUAGCAUUAGAAUGAAAACAAGUCACCAAACGAAUCAUCUGAUUGAGUUCAAACAAGAUUUUUUCAACUUUCAAUUGAUGCAGACGGAGUUUGCUCAGUUGUCGCAGUGAAUGAAAGCUCUGAAGAACACUAGUAUGUGGAUUUCUUUUUUUUAAUUUCAUUGCCAUUUGGUUGUUUCGUCUUUUUCUGUUUGGGCUCAAAAUGUUCAACAUGAUACUCUCUUAAAUUAAUUUCAUGCUCCUCAGAAGAGACCAGACUUCACUUGCCUCAUAAGCACAAAUCAAACAGGACCAAAGGUUGAAGAUGAUGUUAAAAAGAGUCUGAUUGAUCAGGCGGAGAGGCACAAAGGCAAGAAACAGAGAUUACUAAAUCACCUGAUUUAUUUUUAAGGGCUUAAAGGGGCUCCGUCAGUAUUUCACUGCCUCCAUUUGUGUCACAAAAAGUGACGCGCUCCUUCAUGAUACCGUUUUUAAUGGUAUCAUGAGUACUUUACAAAUUGUCUUCGGUAAAUUUGAUCUAAUUUGGACACACUCACUGUAAAAAAGGGAACACAAAUUGGGUUGUUUAUACAUAUCAUUACGUAGGUAUCAUUUCUCCAACGGUGUACAACAAGUUGUGUGCUGACAAUCAGUGAGUGAUUACAUGGGUGUUGCUGCUGCCGCCCAGUGGAGCGUGAUGUUUGACCUCAAGACGUCCUCUGGAUUGUGUGUGUGUGCGUGUGCGUGUGUGCGUGCGUGCGUGCGUGUGUGUGUGUGUGUGUAUGUAUGAGGGAGGGAGAGAGACAGUUUGAAAGAAUAGCUGGACAUUUUGGGGAAUACAAAUAUUCACUUUUGUUAGCUUAGCUUAGCGUAAAGACUGGAAGCGGGGGGAAACAGCUAGCCUGGCUCGGCCCAACGACAUGAAAAUGUGGAGAGAUAGUCAUGGACACAUGAACCGCCAUGAAACCACGUCUUGUUGUUUUCACUUUUCAGUGUUUGCACCGAUGAAAGGGAUGGUAUUUAACAUGUUAGCACCUCUGCUGUUUUCGGACAGAGCCAGGCAAUAGUUUCCCUCCGUUUCCAGCCUUUGUGCUAAGCUAAGCUAAGGAAAUGCUGGCUACAGCUUAAAGACACGAGGGUGGUGUCAAUCGGAUAAAAGUAUAUUCCCUGAGGCGUUAAACCAUUCCUUCGCUGUUGUCCAAUCUGGAUUACACUCUUUGAUCAAAUCUCUUCUUUGCUGUCUGUGAACAAAGUCUCGUGGAGUGUUUCAGUGAAUAACUUUGUUCCAUCUCGUUCAUGUUUGAGAGGCUGUCUGGACGUUGUUGAUGUGCAGGUGUGUGCAUGGUGUACAAGCUGGUCCUGAAAUCGUCCGUCACGUAUUUUUCUACUUUUUCUGUUGCGGUAUUUUCAUCCUUGUGAUGAAUACAGCUCAGUCGGGGACCACGGGAAAAUAUAUUUACGCUACGAGAAGGAAAAAAAACAACAAAAAAAACCUAACGCAACAUAUGCAGUGUAGAAUUUAUUGGGAUGUUCUCCUUGAUAGACUCUGGUGCUCUUUUGCUGAAUCAAUUCAGUCGUCAAAACAAAUCCCACCAGAGAUAACGCGCGGCCUGUUCCUCUGUUCAGAGACACGGUAAAAGGAUCACAUCUUAAAUUGAGACGACUUCACCCCCCACCCCUUCUGUAUUCAACCGAUUGUGACGCAUGUUUGUAUUGUAUUGUCUGACUUCUUGGACGUCCUUGUAUGCCAGCCGUUUUUGUCUAAAGCAAGAACUUGUGUUUUCAUUGUUGUAUGAUGACAUAGAUCUGUUGCUUGCAGUGAUUGUUCUUAAUCAAAGUGGGGUGAAAAUUGGUAAAACUUGAGUAUGUGUUCUGAAAGUAAGUUAGUGGUAACUGUGCUCCUUGUUUACCUUGGACCCAGGUAUCUUUUUAAAUAUAUAUACAUAUAUAUGUAUAUAUAUAUAUAUAUAUAUAUAUACAUAUAUAUGUACUGUAUAUGCCUGAAUUUCUGAGGAGGAUGCUUUUACUGCUUUUGCAAUUCAUCUUGUCGCUAAGUGGGAAAAAGGGCAAGGCACUUAAAUGAAGGGAGCUGAAAAUGUGCACAAAAUUAAGAAAAAAAAAAAAAAGUACAAUGCGACAUAAGCUCAACCUCCAAGUGGAGGCUUUCCCCGAUUCUGAGGAAACAGGAAGUCGGCCUUAGACUCAAAAGGACCACAGUUUAUCAACUCAUCAAAAGAGCAUCCUCUGUCAAAAGCUCCUGUCCAAAUGUUAAAGUUAACUAUUUAAUGUUACUAUGUAUAAAAUUGUUGUGUAUAUAAAUAUGUAUAUAUAUAUACAUAUAUAUAUAUAUAUUUGUGUAUAUAUAUAUGUAUAUGUAUACGUAUAUAUAUAUACACACAUACAUUCAUACAUACAUAUACACACAGACAUACACACACACAUACACAGAUAUAUAAACUAUCAAAAGGGUCAUUGGUUUGAGUUUCAUCUCUAAUGAUGAUAGCAGUGGUACGUGGUGUGUGGUCAAAAUGAAGCGAACACCAGCCUGAAGACUUCCCUUACUGAUGAUGGCGGUCUGAUAAAAUGGAUGGAGGACUUUUUAUGGCAUGGUCUGUGGUCUUCUCAACUCUUUAAGAGCACAGGGAUCAGUCCUGAACGAAUCCUGAAAAUGAAAAGGACCAACCCAUGCCAGAAAACAACUUCAUAUUUGCAAAGAACUGCAAGAAUUCUUCACUGUCAUUUGAACGGAAGGAGUUUCUGUUUUUGUUUUCUUUAAGUUUGACUUGGAUCGGUUGAUUAAAUUAUAAAAAGUUCUACUCUAAAUGUGGGUUCAAAUCAAAAAUCAAUGUACCGUGUGUAGAAACUUUAGAUGUUUGUACGUGCAAGUAUGGAAUUUGUGGAACAAAAGAUCAAGGAAAACAAUUCCAAAAAAAUAUGACAGAAAAAUCUAUUGUGUUGUCGUCUUUGUGUUUUGUAAAUGAAGACUGGAAAUCUUGGUAAAUUCACCAUUUAUUACUUCUGGAUAUUGAGAAUAUUUUAGUGAUGCUAAAAAGGUGCUGUAUCUAUUUUAUGUGAGAGUUGUUCAGUAUACUGGGAUUUGCACUUCUGUGCCAUUUGCCCAGCUCUAUGAAGAAAAUGAUAAAUCAUAGUGAAAAUAAAACUUGGAAAUAAAUAAAAAGUAAUUGUUUGCAUUA